AUGCCAAGGCCUCUGGACUCUGACGAAGAAGCACUGUUAGAAGAUGUCUAUGCCAGUGUCAAGCAAGAAGACCUCCGCACCUCACUCUCAUUUAUCCUUGCCCUCCAGAAUGCUUCCCUCGAUGAUGUGGGUACUGGACUCAGCCCAGAUGCCAUUGAACGGCUUUGUAAUCCUCCGCAACAACAGCUCUCACUAAACGAUGAUAGGGCUCUUCGUCUUGCUAUCCGUUUGUAUCUUGAACUCAAUCACUCUGAUGAAGAUUAUGUCAAGGCCCGCGCAGCUCAUAUAGAGUAUGAUGGUGUUGAGCUUCCCUUGCUCCAUCAGAUCAAGAAAACUGUCGCUGAGCUCAGUGGAGUCGAGGAGAUGAUGCAUGACAUGUGCAUAAAUACAUGUGUCGGCUUUACAGGUCCAUUUGCAGGUCUUCAACACUGUCCUGAGUGCGGCGAAGCUCGGUACGAUCAAGAGACACUAACCCGAAGCAAUGGCAAAAUCAAAACCCCCUGCAAACAAUUUGUCACGAUCCCUGUUGGUCCUCAAAUACAGGCACUA